AUGUUUAAGGCGCGUCAAGAACUCUUCAGCCGACUUCACUGUCCACUCCUAAACCUUGGUAAGGAAACAAAGUCGCUGGUACAGCCACUUUGACAGCCCAAAGGUCAGUCGUGAACGUAGACCCUCGUAAUGGGCAUUUACGAGGGUCUACGCUCACGAAUGAAUGCCGCCCGCCCUAAUCACGCAUCAACGACCGCGAAUUGAGCCGCCCGCAUUCCAACUGGUUAACCACCCGCCCUCCCUCUCCAGCACAGUGCACCGUAGUUGUUCCGCCUACUCUCCCUUUCCCCCCCCGUCACUCAGUGACCUACCAUGACAUCGGGGUCUCCUCCCCAACUCACACGUCAGUGGUCAGUCUGUCCUAUCACACCAACUGGUCUUAUGUGACAACCUAACUUUCCCCCUAGUAUUCAACUGGUCUGACGACGGUUUGUUGUCACGGGCAAGAAAAUUCACGAGUACAUAUCGACUUUUCCGAAGGAACCUCUUCGAUGUUUCAUUAUAUAAGCUCGGAAUGCAUACCACCUGUAAUCAACAUAUAUAUUGCUGAUUGAAGCGAAAAUGCGUGUUCACGGAUACAACUGAAAAGAUAUGGCAAUGAAAGGAACCAUGGAUUUAUUUGCCUGACGUUUCGAAAGCAAACAAGCUCCCAUCAUCGGAGGUGGGUUGCGUACUGCCCGUCACAGUAUUUAAGGGUUUUCUUUCGUGCUGGCGUGUCACUGACUUCCAGCGCGCUGCAUCACAAGGUCUGAUGAUUGUUGUCAUGGCGGCAUCUGUUCCUCCCCAUCCUUUGUCGGGUAUGGGGAGGGGAGCGGCGUCAGGGUUACCGCGGCCAUUGCUCUUGUUUGCAUUGUCCGUUGUCCGCCCUUCACGUAUCUCGCCUUCCUACACCGUUCGCACCUGCCCGUAAUCGAUUGUCCUUCCACCCGACGGGGUGUAAGCACAGGGUAUGCGAUGUUCGAACUCCCCGGGGUUGCCAUUUGCCUUUUCAUUGGCAGGCGUUGUGGGAGGCGGUUGGGUUCGCUGUGACGACCACGCUGCCCGACUACGUCUAAAAUGUUACAUCAAACGACACCAUGAUCUCGUCUGUGUUAAUUUGCAGUCCAUUCAGUCUUUCCGUGUGGACGGCGGUUGUCACGCCGGUGUUGACGUCGAGCUGGGGGGUCCUGUCACUGUUGGGCGUUCUCACCGACUGCUCGCGUCUGUCUGCGUUCGCCGCCGGUUGUCCCCUGGUUUCGUUUCUUCCCGAUGUCUGUCUAUGUCCGUCCGUGUUCCCGCAUGGUCUGGGUUUGGUUACUACCGUCUCUAGCCUGAUGUCUCGUCGGUAGCCCUGCCUAUUGAACUCCACCCGCAGGGCUUGGUAGGCAACCGCAAGUUACGCAGCGGUUGAUCGAGGUAGUUGUGGUGUGCCAGGUUUCAAGCGUCUCCCUGACCAUUUGGUCGCUCCCUUGGCCCAAGACUUCGGCGUCUUGUAAGACGAAAACGUGGCCAAAAGCUGCAAAAUGUUCUGCCACCAACGAGAACAGAUCCAUUCUUUGUACCGCUCUUGCGUGCUCGUCAACACGGGUCUGCAAUCUCUUCCCGGUUUCUCCAACGUAGUUUGCCUCACAGGAACUAUACUGGAUCCGGUAGACGACGUUGGCAGUUUUGCCUCGUAGCAGAGGCGUUUUUGGUCUCAUGACCAGACGUCUAAUUGUCGCUUCGGGUUUGUGGGCGAUGCCGAUACCCAAUAGUUGCAAGAUACGAGCAACUGCCUCGGAAACGCUCGCAAUAUAUGGCAGCGCUCACCAGACUUUCGGCUGAUUUGCCGUUGAUUUUACGGUUGGUCUGGACAGUCUACUGCGUUCAAUAAAGCUGCGGGGGUAGCCGUUGGAGGUAAACAUCCGUCGUAGAUAGCGGAGUUCGGCUACCUUGUCGGCCGGUUCGCUGCAGUGAGUGUCAACUCUCUUGUAAAGAGAUCGAACACAGCUUCUUUUGUGACACAGCGGGUGAUUGCUGUGGUAGGACAGGACUUGGCGAGUGUUAGUGGCCUUCUUGUAGACCGUCGUUUUCAGGCUCCCGUUGACUUUGCGAUGGACCACAACGUCUAGAAACGCGAUCUGAUUGUUGUUCUCUGUCUCCAUGGUGAAUUGAAUAUCGGGAAGAACAGAGGUUCGUAGCGCGUGGAAAUUCGAGACCAUUUCCCGCUUGAGAACAACAAAAGUGUCGUCCAAAUACCGCGCCCAAAAUAAUGGCGCGAUCCCUAGUGCAGGACGACUGGCCACCAAACCGACCGAUGCUGCCAUGGCAAGGUUCUACGGGCUGCCCCAAAUACAAAAAAGAUGGUGCCCCACUCCGUCCCAUCGUGUCUUUGCGCGGGACACCCACAUUCGACCUGGCCAAAUGGAUUUUCCGACGCCUGAACUGCCUCACCUCUGGCUCCGAUACGACGGUCCGCUAAUCCGUCCAUUUCCUGGAAAGACUGAAUGGACUGCAAAUUAACACAGACGAGAUCAUGGUGUCGUUUGAUGUAACAUUUUAGACGUAGUCGGGCAGCGUGGUCGUCACAGCGAACUCAACCGCCCCCCACAACGCCUGCCAAUGAAAAGGCAAAUGGCAACCCCGCAAUAAAUGUGCCAGGGGUUAUAAGGGAUUUGGGCGUAUCAUACUCCAAGAGUCUUAAUCUCUCGGAGCACUGUGCCUUGAUAGUCUCCAAAGCACGUAGAACGACCGGGUUUAUCCUCCGAAAUUUUAAAACUAGGGACAUUAGAAUGCGCCUUUUCAACAUGUACGUUAGACCUGGUCUGGAAUACUGUUCGUUUUCAUUUAGCCUCAUGCGUGCUACUGAGCGGAAGAAAAUAGAAUCCGUUCAACACUUUUUUACUAAGAAAAUUUUAACCCCAGAACACCGACAUUUGUCUUACCAAGAACGUUGCCGGCUUACAGGCCUCGAUCCUUUAUGGUUCCGUAGAUUACAAAAGGGACUAUUUUUGCUAUUUAAACUCUUAUAUAAUCACACAUUUAACCCGCUCACCUCUUUAAGACAUCAUAUCCACCCACGACGUAACAGUCACCGUGAGGUCUUCUUAUUUCUGCCUCUGGCACGUACUGUUAAAUAUCGUCGGUUCUAUUCUGUAAAUGCAAUUGCUAUUUGGAAUAAACUACCCAUGAGUGUGAAAACUCUGCAAAAUUUUACUUUAUUUAAGAGAACUAUUACUCGAUUUUUGCAUUCAGAAAAGCUCCCACAAAUUUUGAGUGCUGAAUCUACUGAUCGACUGUACCGUAGCGAUGGCGUUUGUGGUCUCUGAACACUAUGGCCGGUCUCACCAGCUGUUCCUCAACGCCUCUACUUUGACUAUCCCCAACUUCAUGAAAGGAAUUUGACGUCCAAUAAUCUCCGAUACCGUGCAACCUCCCCCCUUCUUGACGGUCGAUAUUCUACCACCGCCGACAGUUUUUUUUCUCCUGAGCCCUCCAAACCACAAAAACCACCAUCACCUAUAUUUUUAUGCCUUAAGCUCAGAAGUUUUUUUUUUCACUGCUGGACGGAUUUGUGUUUAAUCGCUUCCCUUGACAAUGCCUGUAAACUGGCAUUUAAUUAAAUUUAAUUAAUAAUAAUUAGUUCGAACAUCGCAUACUCUGUGCUUACACCCCGUCGGGUGGAAGGACAAUCGAUUACGGGCAGGUGCGAACGGGGUAGGAAGGCGAGAUACGUGAAGGGCGGACAACGGACAAUGCAAACAAGAGCAAUGGCCGCGGUAACCCUGACGCCGCUCCCCUCCCCAUACCCGACAAAGGAUGAGGAGGAACCGAUGCCGCCAUGACAACAAUCAUCAGACCUUGUGAUGCAGCGCGCUGGAAGUCAGUGACACGCCAGCACGAAAGAAAACCCUUAAAUACUGUGACGUGCAGUACGCGUUCCCCCAGCGUUCUCUAGCGGUUUCUGGUAUAUGAACCCCAGAGAAUAAUCAAGUGAAUAAUUUCAGAAAUUACUCAGUGCAGGGCUUGGAGUUAAAUCUCCGGGACAUGACUUUUUAGGGUCAUAACCGAAAUUUCCAUGAAGAUUCGAGUGGAAAACAAUCAACUUCUGUGGAAUAACCACCCUAUGCCCAUUCUACCAACAAGUAGUACUACGAGUAGUAUGAAUUCCAUAGGGUAAAGGUAGUAUGCCGAAGUCCCGACAUAGAUACUUGCUAAAAGCCCAGACACGUGUUUCGCCGAUAUUCUGCCGCUGCGUGACACAGCUGCUAGGGGUUCGGCGCUCAGCGAUCAGGUUACAGAACAUGCUCGUUCUGUUGUACCUUGGGGCACAUAUUGAAAUCGUCGCAGGCAGCCACUCAGAAACUAGGGCAACGGGCUCGUGGCCCGGUGGGUAGAGGCGUUGACUUCUAAACCAACAGGUCGCGAGUUCGAGGCCCGGGUGUUCCACACUUCGGGCUUGGGUAUGGCUGGCUGACGACGGCUAAUAAGCCAGAAAUGGCCAUUCCAGUCUCCCUUGUCUUUGUCGGUAAUAUCAUUCUGCCUAUAUAUAUAUAUAUAUAUAUAUAUAUAUAUAUAUAUAUAUAUAUAUAUAUAUAUAUAUAUCAAUCAGGAAUGGGCGCACACCGAUCUAUUGGCUUCACAAAGCAAACAAGCUCCGUAUGUGUGGCAAAGGUCACGAACAGGCAACCAAUUACCAGGCCGAAGUCGGCCAAGUCAUAAUAGCAGCGAGGAGGGACGACAGAGAAUGCGGGUAGAUUGAUACAGCACUGUUUCGGUCUUAUUCUGCCAACGAUAAGGACGUCUUUCUUCUCGCUAGCUUGGUACAGUUCGGAUAUGAGCAUGAGAUCUUGGUCAGAAGUAUGGUUAGGUGAACGGUACACUACCGAAAGCGUCAAUGAUCGGACAUUCUUAGUAGAUAUGGUAACGCUUAGCAGUUCCACAUCCCGUACCGGUCUGUGUACAUCAGCCAUAGCGCUUAGCUUGCAAGUGACAUAAAUUAUGACUCCUCCUCCUCGGCUUAGUCUAUCUCUCCUGAAUUGCUGAUAUCCUUUAAGUGAUAUUUCUGAAUCUGCGAUAUCUUCAGUAAGCCACGUUUCUGUGAAUGCCAUAAUGUCUGGCUUAAUUUCAUCAACAAGGUCCAUUACUAACGCAAGUAUUCGUGGGCUAUUACAGCUCUCCUCCUCUCCAGCCGGCGGCCAGUAGCUUAUAUGUGAGAAAACUAAUAUUCCCGGCUACAUGGUCAUGGGGAUCAUGGUGAUAGAUUCGCAUUAAGCAGACGUUGCUAUUAGUGAUUAUUCGUUCACGUAGAAUUUUUAUGUCAUCUCCUCUUUCACAAGGUACGUAAUGCACCGUUAAGCAGAGUUGACGAUUUAGUCUCAUCAGUCAUCAUCAGAGGUAUGUGUAUACAUAUGAAAGCGCGAGCUGAUAAUUUUUUCCUGCUUUCGACGCAGCUGUUCGUAGGCUUUAUUGUUUAUUUUGUUUUUGAUUUCCUUUGGGUCUUUUCGAGGUAUUACCACCGCCCCUCCAGCAUUUAUCAUUUUUUUCGGGAGAAUAAAUGAUAACGAUGUCGUGUAGCUUAACUAUUGGUUCUAUUACUCUGCCAGCUGUGUUCUCUUAACAGUUUCCGUCGAUUUAAACUAAGGAAACAAGUGCUUAGCUUGAGCCUCGAGCCCGUGCAGAUUUUUGCAGCAAAAGGCAACAAAUCCCGCUCAUCCCUGGUUUUCCAUGAAUAUUACUUUUUUACUGGAAAUAUAGAAUAUAUCGUACAAAAUAUUUCGAUAUACUGGAUAUCAGCGGGUCGUGCAUUUCAGGUCUAACCUCAUCGCUUAAUCGGCAACAAAGAUAGAUAGCUUCCGAUGUCUUGAUUAGCCUCAGAGUCAAUGAAGAUAACUCGAGAAAACACAUGAGUUUUUUUUGGCGAGUCUGAAUAAUUAAGACAUCGGCUAACAUAGACUGCGAAACUUUUAUAGUUUGUUAUACUGCAUCCCAUUUCUGUCGGCGCACUUUUGACUAUCCCAUCCCCGUGACGCGUGAGUUUGCUCCUAGCAUGGCCUUUUUCUUCGCAUACGCCAAUAGUAGCCGUAGCCGCUGUUCUACCUUUUUAGGCCUUUGUUUCCAAUGUCUUCCUCUAGAAGUUGGUUGAAUAUUGUUAUGUACAAUAAAAGUGCUUUCGGCCCCUGAACGUGUCAAAGCAGGGCCAACUGUGUUGUUACGUACAUAUAUCCAUUUGCGUACUACUGUCGGUCUUCUUGGGCUAAACUUUGACAAUAUGGUAUGAUCUGUAUUGUCCUGUGAAGUUUAGAGUACUGCAAAUGCCUGGGUAGGGCGUGUGUGUGUGGCUAUACCUCUAACGUUACUGUAACGGAGGUUGCAUGACAUAGCACUUAUCUUCCAGAUCGAACUGAGGGUUUUGCUUCUAAAGUGCAGACCUCUUUCGGAGGCAGGAUACCGCGUCGCCACUUGUUAGGAUUGCAGUUGUUUAGAUUAUUCGCCUACGAAUUUUAGUAGCCUUAGAUCGUCGGUUGACUUAGCCUGUUUCACGUGGCUUGCUGCCUAUAAUGGCCUGUAACGACUCAUAUUUCAUCCGAGAAAGCUCCUAAUCACGUAAUAGACUGAAGUUUUGGAGUUGCUCGUGGUCAGAUUACUCCUGCAAUUGCAUGUUGCUUUUUCGUUUUUUUUGCUGCUGUAGGCACAUUAUGGGGGCUUACAAAUUCAUGCAAGAGCUUUACCGGCACAAACAGUCAGACGUCAUGCGUUACUUGCUUCGCAUGAGGUGCUGGGAAUAUCGGCAGACAAAAAAGAUCGUGCGUGUUACAAGGCCGUCGCGACCUGACAAGGCAAGACGUCUGGGCUACAAGGCGAAACAGGGCUACGUCAUUUACAGAACCCGCGUUCGUCGUGGUGGGCGUAAACGCCCGGUCCCCAAGGGUGCAACCUACGGCAAACCCACCAACGAGGGUGUUAAUCAGCUAAAGCACCAGCGUUCUAUUCAGGCCACUGCUGAGGUAAUACCAUUUUUGAGAAAAAUUAUUUUGUAGACCCGUGUCGGCAAAAAAUGCGGAUCUCUUCGUGUCUUAUCUUCCUACUGGGUUGGCGAAGACAGCACGUACAAGUUCUAUGAAGUUAUCUGCGUAGAUCCUGCCCACCCGGCUAUCCGACGUGACCCUGCCAUCCGCUGGAUCUGCAAGGCCAACCAGAAGCAUCGUGAGGAUCGUGGUCUUACCUCCGCUACUCACAAGUCUCGCGGCCUGGGCAAGGGUCACAAAUUCCACAAGACGAUUGGUGGGUCGCGCCGUGCUGCUUGGAAGCGCAAUAACCUUAUCAAGAUGCACAGGAAACGAUAA